AUGAUCUCCCAGCAGUCUAUCACCAAUGUGGUUGCUUUUCACGCUGCCUUCACGUACAACAAUGGCGAAGAUUUACAAGAAAAUUUGUCGACCUACAACCUUCAAUUACAACAGGUUGAGGCGAGCCUUACGAAUGACCCUGGAAAUGAAGACUUGCUGAAGUUAAAGAAAGAUUUACAGGAGGUCAUCAACCUGACCCAGGAGCUUCUCAGUCAGAAUACAAAGACAAAGAAAGUUCCUGAGCACUCAACGGCCCCCACAGAUUCCUCCACACAGGCUACACACGGGAACGUUGUCAGAGAUGUUACGGCAGCAGGGACACAGGGGACAGUGUCUCAGUCAGUACCCGCACACGAGUGGACGGUUGGGGAUGAGUGCCUGGCACUCUGGUCCAGUGAUGGCGGGUAUUACCCUGCUGUGGUAGAAGAGAUACUGGAGAAUGGAGCCUGUACGGUGACCUUCCAGAGCUACGGUAACACAGAUCUCACUCAGAUUCAUCUGUUGAGGAAAAUCGAGGAGAAAUCAGAUGGUAAUGGAGGAGCUGGUGGGAAACCCAAGUCAAAAAAAGACAUUAUAGCCCAACAAAGAGAGCAGAAACGGAAGAAGCAGCAGAAGAAAGCACAAAGACAGAAGCAGAUGGAGGAAGAAAGGGAGCAGGAGAAAAACAAAUGGAUCAAUUUUACUACAAAAACACUCUCAAAGACAAGCAAAGGCAAAGUGAAGAAGAGCAUAUUUGCAACUACGGACACGGUUCAGGGACGUGUUGGCGUAGGCACCUGUGGAACAAGCGGACGACCAAUGACCAACUACCAUCAACAAGAAAAGUGGAAGAAGUCCUGAGAUACAAAUAGCGAAAGUGAAAGUAAUACAUUGGCAGAUAGUGAAAGUGGAAGUCAUACAUUGGCUGAAAAGUGAAAGUAAUACAUUGGCAGAUAAUGCAAGUGAAAGUGUUGCAUUUGCCAAUAUUGAAAGUGAAAGUGAAGCAUUGUCAAAUAGUGAAAGGAAUGCCUAGGUUAAACAUAAAUGUAAUGCAUUGGCAGAUUGCAAAGUGAAAAUGAAAUGACAACAUGUGUUAUAUGCUCACUUCAAAGGUGCUUGAAGCCAGUCUAGAAAGACAAAAAUUUGUAACUGAGCCAGUGAGAGUUUUAUUUCGAGAUGACCAUUUCAUUGUUCUUUUACGCAUCAUCUCUGCGGCCGUACGUGGGAAGGUCUGCCAGCAACCUGCAGAUGGUCGUGUGUGUCCCUCGGGCUCUGCCCGGUUUCCUCCCACCAUAAUGCUGGCUGUCGUCGUAUAAGUGAAAUAUUCUUAAGUGCGGCGUAAAACAACAAUCAAAUAAAUAAAUAAAUAUAUUUUACGCAUCAUUACUUUGUGUGUAUGUGUGAAUGUGUCAAUGGGUUCGUGUGUGUUUGUGCAGAUAGUGUUGAUGUCUUGAAUGCAGAUCACAUUGUGAAACCAAAAACAUUAACAAAUCAAAACUGCCAGAGUCCUGAUUUUUUAUAUCUCAUAGGUCCUGAGAAAAUUUGGGUGGGGUUUAAAUGCUGGAUUUAAAAUAGUAUAUGAGGAAGGACUUAAAGAAACAAAGUCACACAUGCUGCUGUAGGACCCUAUAUAUGCAGGAAGAAAGCUGGUAGUUGUCUAAUUGCCCUGUGAGCGAGAUUGUGUACUGGAACCGUGAUGUCUUUUAUAAGUAUUGGCGAGGCUUGAAUAACUGCAGAAUACUGCCCAUUAUAAAGGGGAAAAGGCAAAAGUACACCCAACUUCAUGGCUUCAACUUGUACUGUGUAGGUAAAAAUGAACUUCUGACAGGUAUCCACCAAACUGUUAGAGGUACAUGUAUAAACACGCCUGACAUUAAGCAGCGGGGCAGUGCUGCGCCACACUGCGCCGUAGCAACCCCAGGCUACCUCGGUUAUCUGAAGGAUCCCAGUCUCACUGCAUGUGACCAGAUCAGGGUGAGUCAGUGUUCAAAUCCCGUAUGUGCCAAUUUGGUUGCUGCUUUACAUGUGAGAUUUUUCAGGGCAGUGGUUUCUACAUGGCUUCUCAAGACUCUCCUGUAAGCUUGACAGCUAUCACUAAGUGAAAUAUUCUUCAGGACGGUGUAAAAUCUUAGUCAAAUUUACAUCAGUAAAUAAAUACACUGAUAAAGCUGGAGUUUGUUGAGCACAGUGCACUAGAAAUGUCUAGUGGCAGUGAAUGGGGUAUUUUUUAAAAUUUUAUUUUGUGCUUGUUCAGAAAGAAACGCCCACCUAGUCCGAGGUUGUGGCUGCUGCUAUGUGUGUGUCAGUGAUGUCAGUAUAUUGUGUCUGUCGAAUUUUAAAUUAAAAAUUUAGAAUUUAAAUGUCAGAUUUUAAAUUUCACAAUCAUCUGAAUAAUAAAAGUGAAGAAAAUUUUGAUUUCUUGUCCCUGUAUGUUGCCUGUAGAUUAUCAAAGUGAAAAUCAUGUAUGAUGAGUACAUA